GGCAGGACAGGGGCGGGGCCUAAGGGGGUGGGGAGAGCUCGCCCGGCCGCCCAGCUGGGAAACGGCUUCAUUCUCUGCGGGCUCGCCGCCGACCCCGAGCCGCGCUCCGCACCGGGAGGGAACGCGGCGACGCGCCCGCACUCCAGCUGCGACCGCCGCGCCCCGCGCCGUUUCCCGGGCACCGGCGCGCCCCCGGCUCCGCUAGCGCCGGGAAAACAGGACGCGGAUCCAGAACCUGGCCGUCUUGGCCACGGGCCGCCCGGCCGCUGGCACGGCCCUCCCGCCCCCGCCCCCGCCGCGGAGGAACGGCCGAAGGGGCCAGGAGCCGAGCUGAGUCCUCUCCCGGGGAGGGGGAGAGCGGACGCCGCGGACGCGGGGCGCGGGGCGCAGGGCGCAGUGGACCGAGAAAAGGAACAUCGGUCACAACGCUCACGGGCAGCCGCGCUUCCAGGCCAGUGUGCGACCGCGGGGGCCGGCGAGAUGCGCGACGAGGACAAAGGCGUGCUCGGAGGUGGCGGCGGCGCUGAUGCGGGCCUGGCCACGGCCGCGGCGCGGGGACAAGUGGAGACGGUGAGGCAGCUCCUGGAAGCCGGUGCGGAUCCCAACGGAGUCAACCGCUUCGGGAGGCGCCCGAUCCAGGUCAUGAUGAUGGGCAGCACCCACGUGGCUGAGCUGCUGCUGCUCCAUGGCGCUGAGCCCAACUGUGCGGACCCAGCCACCCUCACCCGACCCGUGCACGACGCAGCCCGGGAGGGCUUCCUGGACACACUGGUGGCGCUCCACCGUGCUGGGGCGCAACUGGACGUGCGCGACGCUUGGGGCCGCCUGCCCGUGGACCUGGCUGAGGAGAGGGGCCACCGCCAUGUGGCCCGGUAUUUGCUUGCCUCCAUGGGAGACUGAAGGCUCCUGCGGCCAGUCCCCAGAAAGACUUUUUCUCCUCUCCCCAGACCUUCACCCCAACUUAGCUAAGUGAUCUGAGAAAUGGCUGCAGGCAGAGCAGCAGUGGACCUGGAGACAUCCCCUCCCUUCCCAUCCCCCCCACAGGCUCCCCAGCCUUUUGUUCGGAAAGUGGAGAAGGAGGCACAGCCCAAGAAUGCGUUUCUCUUUCUUUUCUUUUUGUCCUGGAUCCCCGCCACACUCACCUGAAGUCGGAGACAUGGAAAGACAUGCUGGAACAUCUAGGAUUUGGAGGUGACUUGUUUUUCUAGCCAGGUGGUGGUUGUUUUUCUAGCCAAAAGUGGCAUGUGAAGAAACCAGAAAAAUUAAUAAUGCCUUGAGCCUUCAAAUCUUCACCACAACGGUUCUAGGGGUGGAAUGGGAAUCAGUAACACAUUUGGGCGGGAGGUAGGGAAUACCUGCGCCCCUACCAUAACCUUGAUGGCUCAACCUUGAAGGAGCUCCCCCAGCCCCUGCAGGUAAGCCCGGCUUUGGGCAUGAGAAAGCCUGAAGACAGGACUCCGACAACAGGGAGGGUCAGCGGGACACUUCCCGUGCCAACACGUGCACAGCAAGUCUGUGCUCUAUACUCAGAACCCCCUUUGGAGCCUUGUACAUUAGCACCUAGCUCCACGGACACACUUGGGACUUAAAGAGAAGAUUUGGAGCCACCUUGAAUUUGCUAGGAUAUUCUAAACUCCCUGAGUCUUGGUGAUGCAGACCAACUCUGCAGGAGUGGAGAAGGAGGGAGAGGGGCCCUUGGCUCUUGCUGUUUGUUACUCAGAUCUGCAAAGAUUCCUGUGUUGUUCUGUGUGUCACAGCAAAGAAAGAAGGUGGACUGUAGACAGAGCAACUGUAGCAGCAAACUGUAACUAAUGGUUUCAUCUGUGUAUAGAAUAGGAUAUAGAACACUAACCACCCAAUUGCUACUUGAAGCCUUCCUGAUAUUUUGUAAUUCUGACCUAUUCUCCUGCAACAGUCUUAUUUUAAUGGGUGACCUUAGCAAAGUAACUGUGGCCCCUGAUAACAGAUCAGGAAUUCCUGCUCUUAGAGAGCUUGCCACUGUUUCACAGCUCCCAUUAAAUGCCCACUGGUAGUUUAUUUUCAUCCUAACCUAUUUAUUUCUUUGUUAAAUAUUCUCUUUCCUCUACUAGAAUUUGGGAGAAGGGGUCAAAAUAUUAAACAGUCUAAAUGUCUUUAAGAAAAGGGAUUGUUUUCAAAGGAUUGCUGUGAAAAAUAUAUUGUGUAUAGUACUGCUGAAAAUAAAUUAUAGUGGUUCAUAAAUGUCUUAAUACCUACUGAACAAACUAAAGGUACACUGCUUUGGAAUUCUUUUAAGGCAUUAUUUUAAGGCAUUACAACUGGUGCUUUACUGUUUUAAUAAAGAAAAAAAAAGAAAAACAUUUGGACCCCACGAUGUAAUUUGCUUUUAAAAUGAGUGUCAUGAAUUUACCAUUAACUAAUGGAAAAUGUUAAAGAUAUCAACAAUUUAUAAAAACUGGUUACACAUGCCACAGAGAGAUUUAAAUAUUAUAGGGGCUGGAGAUACAGUACACUAGAUAAAAGAGCUUGCUUUGAACCCUGCCGACCUCAAUACUUCAUAUGGUUUACUAAACACCAAGAGUGUUUAGUAACUCUGUUUAGUAACCCCUAGGCACAGAGCCAGGGGUAAGUCCUGAACACUGCUGGUAUGGCCCCAAAUACAAAAACACAAAGAUUUUUACAUCAUAUGUAUAUAUAUAUAUGUGUAUAUGAAUAUAUUGUGUAUAUGUGAAUACAUAUGUAUAUUAUAUACACAGAAAAUUUGAGAAACCUUUAAGAAGGGGCUCCUGAGGCUAAUAUUUUUAUUUCCCCAUUAAUUCUUUCAUGGUAGGUCACAUCCAUACAUUUUUAGGGGCUCCUCAGGGCAUGGUCCUUGGGGUAGCUCUCUGUGGAAUUGGGGAGACUAGUUCUGAGAUGCACAGUUUACACUCCAGCUCUUUGAGCUAUCACCCAGUCCUCUCCAUUACUAUUUUUCCCUAUAAUUGGUAUGUUACUGCUCCAAAGCUAUGGUUUGGACCAAUUAUUCAAACCACUAACCUAUUCUCCAAAAUUGACAGAUAUAAAGUCAACUGAUUUAUUUUUAAAGCAAAAAUGCAGGUUCUCCAUUUUAAGUUUUAGGCACCUUUUUUUUCUGUAAUAUGUAGCAAAUCUAAACAAAUUGUUUUAAUUUCAACACUAUGAAGGGAAACUCAAAAAGAAAACUUUUUUUAAAAAAUCAGAAGAAAGACAAUGGAAUUCCCAUUUUCAAUUACAAUACUAUUACAAGCACCCCAUUAUUACUGUCUGCUGUCUAUUCAAGAACAGUAUUCUCAAAAGUUUAUCUUCUUAUAACUAUUAAAAAGAAUUCUACGUAAAAGGUAAUUGUUACAAGUCUAUUUGAAGACUUACUUUAUCUUAUUUUGUCUUUUGCUUAAAGUUCCAAUAUUUCAAAUUUACUAUUAUAACAAGCAAAACAAUAUCUUGAAAUACUUAUGAAACUAGAGUUGAUGUCUUCAAAGCAGAUGGACAUAAGAGUUAAGAAGAAGUGACAUUGCAGAACAGCCAAAGAACAAUCAGUGUGCAGCAGGGAGAGUAGAAAAAGGCAAGUUCAGGACCCUUUUCUCCAUUGAAGUUUAUAAGCUAUUUGUGACUUUUCUUUUUCUAUAUUUCUAGAUAUCUAAAUAUAAGUAUAAUAUGAAAUAAUAAUAGUAUACAUAGGGGAGAACUGAAAUUUGUUGAUCUCCAAUAGACCUGUCACUAGUUUUACUGAAUUAUUUUAGUUUUUGAAUUAAAAACUUGGGUGUAAAAUGAAACUGUGGUUAUGAAUCUCACAUUCAUUUUGUAUCAUGUUUUGUUUAAAUAUAAAAAGCAAAAACAAAUACUGGUUAUACUGAUAUAAUAAGCUAUUUUCAAAGCAACUUAGGAGACUGGUUGGGCUAGUACGUUUUUAACAGUAGCACAAAAAUGUAUACACUGCAAUAUCUUUGAAAGAUUUUACUUUGAGGAAUACAUGCAAGCAAAUGUAGCUACUAUAUAUAGUACACUUCACUUCUGACUCCAUUCUGGAAUUAUAGUCACUUCUAUGUCUGAAAUUAAAAUAUUAACAAGGUUUAUAUAGAUUCUAUUUGACCUUCAUUUCAAAAAUAUAUAAAGAAAUAAAUUCAAG